UUGUCUUGGCAAGGGGGGUUUACUUCACCUAGAUUUACUGAUGUUGAGCCAAUCCCUUAUCUGCGUCCUCCUUUGAGCAAGGAGCUUUGGCGUCGCUCUGCCAGUCGGCGUGAAGUCAUGCUCCGUGAAACUGGUGAUAUGCGCAAGCAUUCAUGGCUGUUCUAUGAGCCGAAUAGUUUCUUUGUGAAUGCUGAUGACUUGGAUCGGCUAGAGUAUGGCGGUAUUGCACUCACUCAGGGCGAUCCAGUUGUUCGCCUCGAUCCAGACUCACGGCUUGCCACUCUUGCCAGUGGCCGCCGAAUCAGCUAUGGAGUCUGCCUGUUGGCCACGGGUGCUGAGGCUAGGCGCCUAGCUGAAAUCGAGCGAUGUGGAGAGACGGGAGCAGACUUAACUGGGCCCGGGAACGGUCGAGUAUCUUAUUUCCGCAGCUUGGCUGAUUUUGUGUUAGCUCACCUGAACAUGCUUUUAUUUAUGCAUUGUCUUAACCACUAG